AAAAUAUGGAGGUACUCAAGAUUUCCUUAGUUUUAAUGAUCGCGAUCUCUCUGGGCUCUGCGAGGUUCGAAAUCAUCGACAAUCCAGCAGCAUUGAAUGUGUUCCAUUCGGAUCGUCAGUCAACCCCAGUAGUUGGCCCACCGCCAAAGAACCAGACUAGCAAAGAUAUUGAAAUAAGGUUCCAUCAAUGUGCAAUGGAGUUUGAUUUCAAACAUCGUGAACUAGCUGAUAUUAUUGAUGUAUACAAACAAGUCAUGUUUGGUAAGAACUAUGCUAAAGAAUGCCCUGCUGGUUCCGAACUCAACUUAAUCCACUACAUGGGUAAUGGAAAGAAGCUUAUUGAUGUAAAGAUUGACUAUAAGGCUGUCUCUAGGCAAAUGUCUCCAACCAAGUUCCAAAAUGUUCAUGAAAAGUAUUCCAUACUUGUGGAAGAGAACGGAAGAGUAGUUAUCGAGGCGGAUUAUUAUCCAGGUAUUGUCAGAGCUCUUGAUACACUCUCACAACUGAUCGAAAGAAACGAAGACCAAGGCAACAAUAAGGAAUAUCGUAUUAAGUAUACUCCAAUUUUGAUUAAAGACGAGCCAGACUAUGCUUACAGAGGUCUUAUGCUUGACACUUCAAAGGAAUAUUUUAAUGUAGGAGAUAUCAAGCUACUUCUCGACGGAAUGAUGAUCAGCAGGUUAAAUGUCUUCCACUGGCAUUUUAUGGACUCAGACAGCAUGGCAAUGAAGCUCAACUCCUUUCCAGGAAUUACAAAUAACACUGCUUUCAGAUCUUCCGAAGUGUACACUUCUGAUAAUGUCAAAGAAAUUACGCUAUAUGCUAAAAUUAGAGGAAUUAAAGUGAUCCCAGAGAUUCAAACCCCUGCCAAUGUAAAUGUCCUAGGCAAUCAUAAGCCCUUAAAAGAUCUUGUUAGAUGAUACUCUGAUCCUUCAAUGGUCAGCAGAAAGAACUCUUACCCUUCUGAAGCUGUCCUUGACAUCGGAAACACAAGAAGUGUUGAUUUCGUUGACAAGGUAAUCAAAGAUGUUCUUGAGAUGUUUGAACCAGAGAUCCUACACCUUGGUGGAGAUAAACCAAAUAUUGGAUGUCUCAACCAUAUUUCCGAUCCUGUUGAGUCUUUAAGAAAAUAUAUCGAGAAAGAAAGAGAAAUUCUGAAGAAAUAUAGCUCAGAUACUAGAGCAAUGUACUGGUUCGAAGAUGGCAGCUUUAGAUAUAAUCCAACUGAUAUCCUUCAUUAUAAGGGAAAUAGCAGACAAUUCGAAUAUACCAUCUCUUCUCAUCGUGAAAAUUACUACGUUUUCAGUCCAUCUGACAUUAUGGUAGUGCAUCAUGGAUAUCCUGAUAAUGCAGGAACUCAUAGAAAUACAGGUAGAACAGAAUCAUGGAAGAGAUACUGGGACUUCAACCCUGCUUCUUAUAAUAAGAAUGGCAAAAUGCUAGGAAGUGAGGUACUCGUUUGGACUGAGAUGAUGAACGAGUUUGAAUUUCUUCCAAAAACAUUCCCGAGAGCAGGAAUUGUUUCUUUCAAACACUGGAACUCUACUCCUUCAAUUUCAAGUGGAGCUGUUAUAGAGACAAUAAUGAGACUCCAGUACAGGCUGAAAUCAUUUGGAAUACCAACAGAGAAGAUAUCGAUGAGAUAUUGUGAAGAACAUACACACCAUUGCUUUGGUCCAUAACUCUUCAUAGCUCAA